UGCACACUUUCAUAAAAGUUAGUUAAAUUAUAUUCUCCUCUAAUUCUAUCAUAUUGCCUUAUUAUUCUGACUACUACUUUCAAAAACAAUGGAUGUUCAUCCUACCCCCUUUCCUGGAAACAAAGCCCAACCGGUGAAAUCUAAGUAUAAAAAGAUCAAUGAAGUACCGAAAUCGAAGAUCAAAGAAGCACCUCCUCAUCAAAGGCACAGGAGAACCUUUGGCACGAUUCGCAAUCCCAACAUCCCAGAGAAAACAUUACCCGAAAAGCCAAAAACAAAACCAUCGAAUCAUGUCACACUAAAACAACAAAAGCCCGAGCCAGAGACUAAGCCGGUACCAAAAACCGCAACCAAUGACAAAUCCAAACUGAAAAAAAAGAAAACCGUUUCUUUCCCUGAAACCAAAAUAACUCCGGGUAAGGACGUUGUUGAUGGGGUCAAAACCCCGGUCAGACCACCGUUUUCAGUUAAACCAAUCAGGAUUCCUGGGACACCGUAUCUUACUGCUGAAAAAUGUAGCAGUUGCCAGUUUGAUAGACUUGAAACGGCGUCGUAUUGGCUUGGUCAGAUAAAAUCCGCUGAAACUGUCGGCAAGCAUUUUGUCUCCGUGGCUUUCUUCCGCCUUGCCAAUCUUUGCAAAGCAGAGCCGGCACGAAAUCUUCAAAUCGAGCUAAAGAAAUAUAUAGCUCGUCAUGACAACUUAUCAACCAAGGCCGAAUGGGAAGAUGUGUCUCGUCUAUAUGGAAUAGUAAAGAAAGAAUGCGCAACUAAUAAAAUCAAGGAGGAUCGCGUUGUGAAUUUGUUUUCCGAGGAAACAGAUACACCAGUUGGUUCUAAGGAUUGCGAUAAGAACAAUGAUCAAGAACAAAUAAUAGAAAAUGAAGACGACGAUUGGGUGAAAGAAAUGUAUGAGUAGGUUAAUUAGUCGUUAUUCGAGUGUUUGUGACCUUGUUUAAGUAUGAUUAAGUUGGGUGUUAUUAGAUUUGGGGCUAGCUUGUAUGGCUAUUAUUACUCUAUGUGCUUGGAUUGUAAAAGUUAUAAUGGUGUUUUAUGACAUGUAUAUGUAUUCAGUUUGAGUAUUUAUGAUAAAUUGGGAUAUAUGGUUUGAUUGA